AUUACCUGGGGAAUAUUUGUGCUUUGAGGAACAGAAGAGAUAAAUAGAGUUUUUGUGUCGUUUGUCUGAGAAUCCACUUGCUGCUGCUCCGCCUCUCGCUGGGCUCUCUCCUCCUCUCAGCUCCGAUAUCUGAAACACUUUCCCCGCUGGAUCAUCUUUAAACUCGAAUUUUUUUUUGUGCCGUUUUGACGCAAGUUUUUCUUUUUCUAUCAUGAUUUCCGGCUUGCGCGGAUACAAGCUGCAGGUCUCUGGGUAGCAGUCUCUUACCACCAGCCAUAUAUGACUCAGCUUUGGAAAAACUGACUGAUGUGAUCUUCGGGAACUCUUUGUUGGUCAUCAUGGGAUGUGGCACCUCCGUUGCUACGGAGACUCGAGGGAAAAUAGUUGAGCCAGAUGACACAGCUAAGACUCCCUGCCCUGCUCUGACUAUGAAGGCAGCGGUUCUGAUCCAGCGAUGGUACCGGCGCUACAUGGCCCGUCUGGAGAUGAGGCGCAGGUACACCUGGAACAUCUUCCAGUCCAUUGAAUAUGCCGGGGAACAGGACCAGCUACAGCUCUCAAGUUUCUUCAGUUUCAUGCUCGACAACUUUACUCAGCUGAAUGAAAAUGGACCAGACUUGAUCUCUCAGCUGCUGGACCCGGUGGUGGACCCCUGGUUAGGCAGAGAGACGGGCUACAACCUGAUCCCUGUUCCAGAGUCAUACAGCGGACCCCGACUCUCGUUUCCUCUCUCCGUGUCUGAUACCAACUCUCUCCUGGGUGCAUUUAAAGAGCAGCAGACACUACAUGCCAGAUAUGUUCUGCAACUGCUGUACGAGACCAAGAAGCUCCUCAAACAGAUGCCCAACAUCACCCACUUGUCGACAUCCUACACCAAUGAGAUCACUAUAUGUGGAGACCUACACGGCCGGCUUGAUGACUUACUCCUCAUAUUUUACAAGAAUGGCCUUCCCUCUGCGGAGACACCUUAUGUGUUCAAUGGGGACUUUGUGGACCGUGGGAAAAAGUCAGUCGAAGUGGUAAUCCUUCUGUUAGCCUACCUGCUGCUCUACCCCGACUACAUGCACCUGAACCGAGGAAACCAUGAAGACCACAUAAUGAACCUAAGAUAUGGAUUCACAAGAGAAGUCAUGCAGAAAUAUAAGACUCAUGGCAGGGAGAUCCUCCAGCUGUUUCAGGACGUUUUCAGCCUCCUGCCCGUCGCCACUGUCAUUGAUGGAAAGAUCCUGAUUGUUCACGGAGGAAUAUCAGACCAGACAGACCUGGACUUCCUCAGCUCCAUAGAGAGGCACAAGGUAAAAUCCACCCUAAGGUUUCCUAGACGUAGUUUGGAGAAGCUGGACAUCGAUCAGUCCCAAAGGCAGAUGAAGAGAGGGAGAUCAACGGCUAGCUCCCGUCCCAGCAGCAGUUGCAGCCACAGCAAAAACCAAAGAACCCCCAACCAGAGAAAAAGGCGAUGUGGGCAACGCCGACAGGACAGCACUGUCUCCACCUCCUCAUCAUCGUCCUCGUCCUCCUCUUCACUCUGUUCUCCUCGAACGCCAUCCGCCCUCUCGCCUCGUCCUUGCCCUUCUUCUCCCAGCAUGCCCUGCAAUGUCAAUGUCCUCCAAGUGCCUUUCCUGGACUCCCUGUCCUCUGUCGCCCCUCCUUUACCUCUGCAACAUGAUCUGGAAUGGAAACAGAUAGUGGAUAUUUUGUGGAGUGACCCUAAAACUCAAGAAGGCUGCAGUCCCAACAUAUUCAGAGGAGGAGGCUGCUACUUUGGUCCGGACGUCACCCAGAGACUGCUGACCCGACACGGACUCCAGCUGCUCAUCCGAUCCCACGAGUGCAAACAGGAAGGAUAUGAGCUCUGUCAUGGUGGAAAGGUCAUCACCAUCUUCUCAGCGUCAAACUACUAUGAGGAGGGGAGCAACCGUGGUGCCUACAUCAAAGUGGGCCGAGAACUGGUUCCCCGCUUCUACCAGUACCAAGUCAGCCACACAACACGCAAACUCACCCUCACACAGAGAGUACGAGUUGCUGAAGGCUCUGCUCUCAAGGCCCUGAAGGAGAAGCUGUUCUCUCACCGCUCUGAGCUGCUUUCAGGCCUGCAGCAGUACGACCACAAAAACACCGGUAAUGUAUCAGUCAGUGAUUGGGCUCAGGUGUUGGAGUCUGUCCUGAGGCUGGACCUGCCCUGGAGGACACUUCGUCCUCACUUAGCCCGUCUGGCACCAGAUGGCAGUGUGGAGUACAAAUCCUGCUUUGAGGACAUGGAAUCAGGGAUUCCUCUGCCUCAGGUGACACCAAACAUGGCUGAGACCCUUUUCAGAUACAGGACAGACAUUGAGAUAAUAUUCAACAUUAUAGACAAAGACCAUUCAGGUCUGAUCUCCAUCGAGGAGUUUCGUCACAUCUGGCAUCUCUUCAGCGCACACCUGGGGGUCGACAUCGACGACAGAGCCAUCGAUGACCUCGCCCGAAGUAUCGACUUCAACAAAGACGGCAGUAUAGACUUCACUGAGUUCUUAGAGGCCUUCAGAGUGGUACACAAAUUGGAAAAUAAGGAUCAGCAACUCAACGAAAAAAUGGAUGGAGACAAGUAUUCAUGAAGGAGGGAAUCUGAAUAAUACACUGGAAGUCUUGCAUGGAACAGCAGGAGGGAACGAGGGGGUGUGGCAAAGAUUGAAUUAUUAAGUAUUUAUUCAGUUGUUGAAUGAAAAAUACACAAUUUGAAAACUAGAAUGGCUGUUAUUUGGUGAUGUACCUUACGUUAUUGAUGCAUUCUGUCAGUCGUAGGAGUCGUUGUUUAGGAUCCUUCCAUCCACCUUUUUGAUUUAAAAUUGAAAUAUUUCAACCAUAAUUUGAAGGAUUUCCUUGAAUGUUUGCGAAGACAUUUAUGUUUCCCAGACGAUAUGUUUCUAAGACUUCCUCUGACAUUCAUCUUGCAGCAGGCAAGCGUUUUCAGAACAUUCAUUCAUAGUUUUACAACAAUGAUGCUUAAUUACUAAUGGGGAUGUAUUCUCUUUUAAUCUAGUGCCACCAGCUGAUUUUAUAUUGUUUUGACAUGAAAUAGCUGGACGAACUUUAGAUGGAUGGAAAUGUAACAGUAUUUAGAAUGAUUAUGGUAUUUUGAUCUUCACUUAUAUAACACUUUCAUCCAAAGAAGAUUUACAAUUAGCUUUUUAAGUAAAUUUAGUACAGCUCUAACAGCCUUUGCAGACUUGUGAGAAACAGGUGUACAGCAGGAGUACCAGUGUGCUGCCACGCUCUGUAGUAUUACAUGUAUUGAUGCCUGACGGCUUCAACAGUAUGAACAAUAGAGACAAUCCCACUAUAGGGUGUCGGGAAGUGCAUGUUCAGUUGUUAACCAAGA